AUGCAUUUCAUUCCACUUAAGCAAUUAGAUCCUGUAAACAUUCGAUCUAGAAUACUCCCAAUCAAAUGUUGUGGCUGUGUUGGUAUACGAAGAGGAGGCGCUUUAGGAUGCGUUGUAUGGGCUUUAUUGAGCUUCUAUUUUGCUGCUCUUGGCUUUAUGGGAAGAAGUCCAUUCUUCUCUCAUCUUGAAAGAGCACCGUUGGUCAUAUACGGAGUGCUUAAUCUUGCUUUUGGAAUCGCAAGUCUAUUGGGCUUAUUCUUCAUUGGCUACAUGGCAAGUCCCCCAAAAUAUACAAAUACAUCUGUCUUGAAGCUUCUUUCCCGUAUCCUGUGGUUAUUCGCAACCCUAGUCAUAGGCGAUACCUUGAUUAAUUUCAUACUGUUUGUUGUCAACAAAUCAAAAUUCGAAUCCUGGUGUAUUGAAACUUCAAUUAGCAGACUUGAACAGAACCCUGUUGUACCCAAUCCCACACAAACCCUUGAUAUAGGAAAUGUUGAUUAUUACAAUUGUCAAAGGCUUUACAUAGAUGAAGUCAAAUGGUCACUUCUAGCUGCUCUUGUAAUGUGCAUGGUAUAUAUUCAUUGGGCUCUGGUAAUAACUGCAUUCGUUCAUGACUCCUUUAUUAUCGUCGCUCCUCGCAUUACAGGUGUACCAAAAACAAACAUUCAACUAUCUUCACCUGUUACCGACCAAUCUUCUACUGAUACCAUAGUACACGUGGACGAUAAUGUCAAUAUAGGCUCUUGUUUGGUUCAGAAUAUUUCAGACAAAGUUCUACAUACCAUCUCACCCCUUUACGUCCCUCAAAGAAGAACGUCAAUACAUACUUUCACUGCAAAACAAGGAAAUAACAACAAACCAUCCGAUGAUCUCGAGUAUGAGGGUAUCUCUUCAUCCCCCCCUUACGGUAAACCUGCAAGAUUUGUAGACACGGAUCCUGUCUCCAAUAGUUAUUGGAAUUACGCCAAAUAUCUGCUGGACAAAGACUUUCUUAAUCAGAUAGUUGGCACUUACUCAUUUACAAAGACACGGCCAAAGCCUCACCAACUUAAUAAAUUUAAUAUGCACCCGAAGGCUAUGUUUCUUGUUAUUCAGAAGUUAUCAGACAUCUGCGUUCAUUACUCGUUGAUAAUCUGGGCUAAAGCAAUCAAUACUUUAAUAGCUUGGACGCGGAAGCUCUUUAUGGCCCUAGUUUCCAAGAUUCUGUCAGGUUCACUAUCAAGUUUUCUUGUUCCAAACUGUCCAAUAAACGAUAAUAGGCACACCAAUUACUCUAGUCUCUUUUCUGACAGAUUUGCGGUAUACCCAUACGACUCAACCAAGCUCUACAUAGUAAAAACCAUAUGUUUUAUUAUUAGUCACUAUCACGCUUAUUCCGUCUGUCCUCAUUAG